GUAUAAUAUUGAGGACCUUGCUCAGCCAAGUUCUUUAGACUAUGAGCUCCAUAGUCCAGUUUGUUGUUGAAUGCUCCCUUCCCUAGUGCUUUGUGUUGUUUGUGUUUGUCCUGAGGCCUGGAAUAUUGCAGUAGCACAUAACCUCAAAAGAAAAAAAAGGCUUGUUGCUUCUAAAGUGUUUCUAAGCAUUUUGAGAAUAAUCUGGACAUUUUUUAACCCUUUUUGUGGCUCAAAUAAAUAAUCUGGUCUGUAUAACUUCCCUAAUUUACUUUGCAAUCUUCAUCAAAAAUGAUUCGUUGUGGCCCAGUGCUAUCCUUCGCCCGUUGUCUGUUUCGGAGAAAAAUCAUAAGCAACGACAGCAGCAAUGAAUCAAAGCUAUGCCGUUGCCUGACCACAGUAGACCUGAUGGCAUUGGGCAUAGGAAGCACUCUCGGGGCUGGGGUGUAUGUCCUGGCUGGUGAAGUCGCGAAAGCAGAUUCUGGACCCAGCAUCAUCAUCUCCUUCCUGAUAGCAGCCCUGGCCUCUGUGAUGGCAGGUCUGUGCUAUGCUGAAUUUGGCGCUCGUGUCCCGAAGACUGGUUCCGCCUACCUGUACAGUUAUGUGACCGUUGGUGAAUUCUGGGCGUUCAUUACAGGCUGGAACUUAAUACUUUCUUACGUCAUUGGUACUUCAAGUGUUGCCAGAGCAUGGAGCGGCACCUUUGAUGAACUUCUUGGCAAACAGAUAGGAGUCUUCUUCAGCAAGUAUCUCAAGAUGAACUCACCAGGAUUAGCAGAAUACCCGGACUUCUUUGCAGUCUGUCUUAUAUUAUUACUGGCAGGUCUUUUGUCUUUUGGUGUGAAAGAAUCUGCUUGGGUCAAUAAAAUAUUCACUGCUAUCAACAUCCUCGUUCUUGUAUUUGUUAUUAUUGCGGGCUUUGUGAAAGGAGAUUCAAAGAACUGGAAGAUCAGCGAGGAGUCACUCAUAAACGUCACAGUUAUCACAAAGAACCUGUCGUCUUCAGUAAAUGUUACUAGUGCUUACGGUGUAGGUGGUUUUACACCGUAUGGGCUAUCUGGAAUGUUAGCUGGUGCUGCAACCUGCUUCUAUGCCUUUGUUGGGUUUGAUUGUAUUGCUACUACAGGCGAAGAAGUGCAAAAUCCUCAAAAGGCUAUUCCAAUAGGAAUCGUGACUUCCCUUUUGGUUUGCUUUGUGGCUUACUUUGGAGUCUCGGCAGCCCUGACCCUCAUGAUGCCUUACUAUCUCCUGGAUGAAAGAAGCCCUCUCCCUGUUGCCUUUGUAUAUGUGGGCUGGGGUCCUGCUAAGUAUGCAGUGGCUGUGGGAUCUCUCUGUGCUCUAUCAACAAGUCUGCUUGGUUCCAUUUUCCCAAUGCCUCGCGUAAUCUAUGCUAUGGCAGAAGAUGGGUUGCUUUUCAAAGGUUUAGCCGUCAUCAACCCUAAGACGAAGACUCCAGUUGUGGCUACAAUGUCAUCGGGUAUGGUUGCAGCUGUCAUGGCGUUCCUGUUUGACCUGAAGGCCCUAGUGGAUAUGAUGUCUAUCGGAACACUUUUGGCAUAUUCUCUAGUUGCAGCCUGCGUUCUUCUCCUGAGGUAUCAGCCAGAUGCAGACUACAAAAAACAAAAUUGCUCUCCAGAAACAGAGAAUCUCACAACUCAAGAAGAAGGUGAAUUGGACACGAGUGUAUCAGACCUCCGAGUGUCUGACCUAAAAGAUCAAGACAUCAGCUGUUCAACAAUAAUAAACCCCUCUAUGAUUGCAACACAACAGACAUCAAAUGUGGUGCAUGGCUGUGUGGGGCUUAUAGGUAUUUUGGUUUGUGCGUUGAGUGUGCUGAUUACGCACCACAUUGAAGCACUCCUUUCAAUGGUGACCUGGAGCAUAGCACUUCUUGUUGUGCUCCUCGCGAUAUUUGCUGGGAUGGUCUUCAUCAUAUGGAAGCAACCUCAAAAUCAGAACAAAGUGGUCUUCAUGGUGCCGUUCUUACCAUUCUUGCCUAUUGUCAGCAUUUUUGUCAAUAUUUACCUAAUGAUCCAGUUGAGUGUGGACACUUGGAUUCGCUUUGCUAUAUGGAUGGCUGUUGGGUUUGUCAUCUACUUUAGUUAUGGCAUCAGACACAGUGUUGAAGGGCACCGUGAUGAUGAGUCAAUAAACAGUGAAAUAGAGAAUAAAGAUCCCGACGAAGGCCUGGACAAUGAUGACAAUGCAACCGAGCUUGAACAGUUCAUUCUGAACGAGAAGACAAGCGAAUUUUAGCUGUGAAAGGUGACACAGACACCAGUCUGUUACUCAGCAAUAUCACAUCUGUGUUAUAAUGAGCAGUAUAACUAUGCUGACUGUUAUACCUGAACUAUGUCAAAUAUCUGUAAGCGUCAGCUUUCUACUUACAAAUUAAUAUUUUUGGAAGAGCUCAUUGUUUGCCUAGAAGUAUAUCUGCCUAUUAGCUGCUGUACUCUGUGUCACAUUUGCUAGGGCCGCUACAUUCAGUGGCUCUGCCGUUAAUCUGAAUCUCCAUCAGAAAUGCUCUGAGUGAAAAGUUAAGUAUUUUUUUCCCCACAAUAAAGGACUGACCGCUGUAGAAGAAAGAUAAACGACAUUUAGUAGGAA